UAUUUACCGAAUAAACAUCAAAACACACGACAACCAAAGUUAUGACGGUUUUAACCCGUCGUUUAUCGUUCAUUACUCGACCAAACAAACAAUUCAAUUAAAAAUUCGCGCUUUGUCUGGCUUGGUAACGCCAUCAGGCAACCGGCCCGGUGCACGUAACGCACGAACGACGAUCAGCUGACUUUCAUUUCUCAACUCAUCGCCUCAGAGUAGGCGCAAAUUCACGCAGCAAACGUACCAUAUUUACGCUAAAAUUACCCAUAAAUAGAUAACAACUAGUAAUUAGCGAUAGUAAACCCUGGUUGCAGGUUCGCGUGUCCACUGCACUAGUGACAAGCGUAAAAGUGCUAAAAUGCGGCGCGGAAAUAUUAAACAACGACGCAUUCGAGGACAACGCGAUGCGGAAAAUCGAUAAUCAUUGAGGGAAAGCGCAGAAAAACAACGUGUGUGGGCAACGAAGUGUGUGGGACGUCCAGGCAUCACCUACAACACCCACAGCACUAAAUCCAAUUCUAUUCUGGACUACCUGGACAAACUAACCACCUCAAAAUGGAUUCCAGCAUGAAUUCAACUCCUGCGAUAGAGCAAUUGGAUGUAGCCAAUGUAAACUUUGACAACUUGAUUCCAGCAUUAGUAUCAUGCUUUGGAAUCAUAUUUUUAGGAUAUUUAUCAGGACGAAUGAACCUCAUUACUGAAACUGAACUCAAAGGCAUGAACACUUUUGUCAGAGUGUUCGUAUUGCCUUCCCUCAUCUUUGUAAACAUGGUGAAAAUGGAUCUCUCAACUGUAAACUGGUAUUUUUUGCUUGGGAUACUCAUCGCUAAGAGUUUAAUAUUUAUUGGUGUGAUUAUCAUCUAUGUGAUGGUGUUUGGCAGCAAAGGUAUUGCAACAGGUGGAUUAAUUGCUAUUUUUUGCACACAAAGCAAUGAUUUUGCACUUGGAUAUCCCAUAGUUGAAGCUUUAUAUCACAAUUCACAUCCGGAUUUUGCAAGUUAUAUGUAUUUACUGGCACCGGUGAAUUUGGCGAUUUUAAAUCCAAUUGCUUUCUUUAUGAUGGAAACACGAACAAUAUCCGAUCAAAUGGCGAGAAUUCGAAACAGUUAUCGAGUCAGGAGCGUGCACACUCUAAGAUUAAUUUAUGUCUUGAAUGUGUUAAAGAAAAUCUACACAAAUCCCAUUAUUUUCAUGACUGUGUUUGGUAUAUUGGCAAAUUUUGUUUAACAGAAUUUACCAGCCUUUUUGAACAGUAUUUUAAGUUCACUUGGACAAGCUUUUUCGGCGUGUGCGUUGUUUGCGCUGGGAAUGCGAAUGGUUGGGAAGCUGAAAACACUUUCGGGUGCCAAGUUGAUUACACCGUGUCUGCUUAUACUCGUUAAACUACUGGUUCUACCAUUAAUAACCAGAGAAAUCAUCAGUAUAUUAAACGUGGGUAAAAAUGCAUCCGAUUCAUUGGACUGGAGCACUUUCGGUUUCCUCUACGGAACGAUUCCUGCAGCACCAACAAUUUUCGUGUUUGCAGUCGCUUAUAACAUAGAAAUUGACUUGGUAGCCACUACAAUGGUAGCUUGCACAUUCGUCAGUGGUCCAUGGAUGUUUAUCUCAGCAAAAAUGAUCACAUUGACAAACAUUGCACCGCAAAAGUACGUGCAACAACUCGUCGAGUUUAUUAGCGAUGUGAGCUGGAUCAGUUUAGUUGCAUCCAUUUGGGUAUUGCUAGUAUUCCUGCUAACAAAACGAGCAAACAAAGUUCCACAUAAAUUUGUUGCUUGUUUAACUAUAUCACAGAUUUUAAGCUGCGUGGGUGCUAUUCUCUAUCGCUACGUUGAUUUGACACAAAACAUCCCAAAUCAUAUUCAGUUCUUUUUAUUCACUACUGGCAUCUACAGCGGACGCAUCUGGACCGCUAUUAUUGCAAUCACACUUUUAUUUUUGGAAUCUCGUAGUUUAUGUUUUGUCAUUUUCAAACUCCAACCAGCUUUCUAUGUAUUUGGAUGGGCAGUACCAGCAGUUCUUUCUAUUCUAUUACUUGUUUUUGAUAAGGAUAAAACAAUACCUCCGGACAACCGCAAUCCAAACUUUGCCUAUGGCACAUUUCAAGCAAUCGUCGCUGUUUUCCUGCUUGUUUUAUGCUUUAUCGUGAGUGCAGGAUGUUUAGUCCUGUAUGAGAUGCACAAAAGACAACGAGACGCAGAGCAUAGGCCUAUUAAUGAUGAAGAACAGCCUGUAAUUGAUGAAAAUGCAGAUAGCUCUGAGGAUGAAGAGUUAUUGAGUGAGACUGAGUCAACCAAACAAACUGCAAGGAUUACACCGAAGCAAAAUGGUGAUGCGAAUGGAUGCGGCUUGAAAAACUGUUGUAAUAGUUCAUAUUGUACACAAAAUCCACCAGUUCAAACUCCUAAAGUGAAAAUUAUGCCUACUAUUCCUGAGAUUGGGAAUAAUAGUCGUGGUAAUACUUCACAAAAAGUGAAUUCACAGGUUGUGGACAUUGAGGAUUUGUUUGCUGAGGAUAGAACUUCAGAUAAAGAAAGAUUAAUGCAAGAUGAUACUAGUACAAAGGCUGUGAAGAGAUUUGGAACUCCACGAACACGAAACAUUAGUACAACAUCUCAAGAUUGUCCUUCUGGCCUGGUUUGUUCAACUUCUGAAGGAGAUCAAUGUCAAGGAAUAUUGUUACAAUAUCAGGAACCAAUUGAUGAAGACUUGGACAUUAUUGAAGAAGAAGUGAAUGAUCACGAUCCCCAAAUAUUCAGGCAUUACAUCUUGAUUAUCAUUUUAUUGAGCAGUAUGCUUGUUGGUUUGGCUGUUGCAAUAUGGACUUUAGUCAUGGAACAAAUGUCUGGAAUUUAUGUAGAGCUAAGUUUCCUGGAUGCAAGUUUAAAUUUUGGACAAAGUAUUAUAGUUUGGGUCAUAUUCGGCAUUGAUAACAAAUAUGUCCUUCUACCACUCAUGAAAAAAUUAAGAAAACUUUGGUAUAAAGAUGAUAAACUCCUAUUACCAAUGGAAGACGAACUUUCUGCCGAAACAAAACACAUUUGUGAGCAGUUCAAGAAGCAUCACAUGGAUAAAUGUGUGCUGGACAUUGCCUGCAAUCAAAUAUAUCGCCUAAAAGAAUAUCAACAAGUAUUUUCUGGAAGAAGACUCGUGGAUUGGUUGUUAGAGGUUGGUCUGGCACAGGAUCGCAUGACAGCCGUGAAUUACGCACGACAUCUUGUCGAAGGACGACUUUUGCGACAUAUUAAGUGUGUUUAUCACUUUUAUGACCGUAAUUUGUUGUAUACGUUCAACUGACGGCGGUCUCCACGGUGGGCUGUUGGCAAAACACUCACGAGGAUGUUUGACGACUGGAAAAAGACAAACUUUUACUAACAUAAUCAACAAAUACCUUUGUAUACGUUUUAUUUAUUUUUAUACUCUUGAUUUUAAUUGAAUUAACAACGCAUUAAAGCAGCUGAAGGAUAAAUCUAAUCGGGUGCAGUAUAAAAAUAAGUAGAAUGAUUCUAGUCACAACUAAUUUGUUGUUUUAAAAAUGACAUACUAUUAUAUCAUAAGGUAGAAACAUUGUUGUUGAACUAUGAAGUAAUAUGCGCUAUUGUUAGCAUAUUUAAGAUGUUUAUCUAUAUGCUUUCUAUAUGAACGAGUGGCUGUGGUAAUUUAUGUGAAUGCUGUUGUUGGUUUUGCAGUUUCAUCGAGAGGCCUAAAUAUUUUCAAAUUGAAGCAAAGUUUGCUCACUUGUGGUUUGUACAAAUUGUGAUUGGAUGUUGCGUUGUUUCAUUGAGCACAAAGAUGUAGGUUUAUUUUUGUAUGACAGUGAUAAAUAUGUAUAAUACAGCCAUGAUUACAUAUUUAAUGUUACAUAAUGUAUAUAAAAGAGUAUCGAAAUGUUGAGAUAAGGGCAUCUAAAAUUGUUUGCAAGUCUGACUUUAGGACAAUAUCCAAAUACUGUUUGUAGUGUUGUAGUUGACAUCGAUGUUUGUUGCAACUUUGGCACGAAUGUUUUCUAUAUAGUGGGCAUUUAACUUUCGGUCCUUUGUAAAGGAAUAUUGAUUAAAAUUGCAUAAUAAAAAUAUUGUGAAUUAA